AUGGAAGGAAUGACGCUUAAAACAUGGCAAUUAGGCAAGAAGAUUGGAUCAGGAGCAUGUAGUGAUGUGUAUACAGUAAAAUCUGUAAUCCCUCUGAAAAAUGAUAAUAAACAUCAAUAUGUCAUGAAACUCUCUCCCUUACCACAUUUAACAGCUGCUAAAUUGAAGAAUAAAAAGAGAAGAAAGACAAUAGAAGAGCGUAGUGUGGAUGCUUUAUAUGCUGAACAUUUACUAUACAAAAAUUAUCUUCAAGAUCAAUGUCAUAUUCCAUAUUUACCAGUAGGAGCCUAUGGAGAAGAUCAGGGAUACCGCUUUCUAGUGAUUGAGCGGCUUGGACGUACGCUUGAGAUGGUGUUACAAGAUCAAGGACCUAUUCCGUCAAAAACAGCAGCUCGACUUGGUCUAGAAAUUCUAGAGACGUUGGAGCAAAUGCACGUAAAGAAUAUUCUUUACGUAGAUGUUAAGCCUGAAAAUUUAAUGCUGGAUAUGGAUAAGGAAAACAAAGUGUACUGCGUGGAUUUUGGCAUCUCGGAUCGCUAUGUGACGGCAACAGGCAAGCACAAAGAGUAUAAGACAGGGACAGUGGUGGGGACGCCAACGUUUCUCAGCAUUAAUUGCCACAAUGGUGUCACUUGCAGUCGUCGAGAUGAUGUUGAGUCACUGUUGUAUGUGUUGGUCUACUUGAUGCGAGGCGACCUUCCUUGGCAGAAAGCAUCAAGUGAUGUCGAAGGUGCCAAGAUCAAGAAAGCUACUUCUGUUGAGCAGCUGUGUGCUUCAUUGCCUCGAGAAUGGAGUGCGAUGCUGACGAAAAUCCGUGCGUGCGGCUUUGAAGAUCGGCCAGAUUAUGAUUUCUAUGCGCAGCAUUUUACGAAGCUAGGAGGUCAGAAAGGCUUGACUACGCCAUUUGUGUGGGGCACUCGCAAGACUGGCAAGAUGGCCAGUAAGGUUACCCUAUUACAAGGAUCCUCUUCUGACAACCCCGAGUGCAAGCGCAUCAAAAGUAUGGACGAAGGAAUGACUGCACGUCCACUUGGGACUACCAAUAUAAAGAAGACAGCUCCUCCUGAGAAGAAAAAAACGAGACCUCGCUACAGCAAAGCGCCUGCAAAAGUUGCGGCACUCGGCAACGACAUUACACCGAAAGCUACCACGAAAACAGGCAAAAAUCAUGAAGAUGGUCUAGUUGAACACGUAAACGUACUACCAAAAGACCGAGAGGUUUUCAAAGCUAUUGCAAGUCAUGCUGCUGCCACCGCCGCUGUGAAGCGGUAUAGCUUGCGUUCAAUGAAUCGUGAGUAA